UCGGCUUCCGCCUGGCCAAGAUGGCGCCCAAGGCGAAGAAGGAGGCCGUGCCUCCGAAGACAGAGGCAAAGGCGAAGGCACUGAAGGCCAAGAAGGCCGUCCUGAAGGGGGUCCACAGUCACAAGAAGAAGAAGAUCCGCACUUCACCCACCUUCCGCAGGCCCAAGACCCUGCGACUGCGGCGGCAGCCCAAGUACCCCCGGAAGAGCGCCCCACGGCGAAACAAGCUGGACCAUUAUGCCAUUAUCAAGUUCCCUUUGACCACAGAGUCAGCAAUGAAGAAGAUAGAGGAUAACAAUACUCUGGUUUUCAUCGUCGAUGUCAAGGCAAACAAGCACCAGAUCAAACAGGCCGUCAAGAAGCUGUAUGAUAUUGAUGUGGCCAAGGUCAACACAUUGAUUAGGCCCGAUGGGGAGAAGAAGGCUUAUGUCCGACUGGCUCCAGAUUACGAUGCGCUGGAUGUAGCCAACAAGAUUGGAAUCAUCUAAACUGCAUCUACCGAGGACUGUACAGACAGGAUAAUAAACCCUGUGACACCA